GUCUGUUUGGUCCCGAGCUAAGUUUGUCAUCUUGUGUGUUAGCUGUUGUGACUGUCGGAGUUCACUGUCUGUCUUUAUUCACAGAAAUGGAAGAAGUAGAGGAGACAUAUCCUGGGUUUCAAUUCAGUAACUUUGCAAGGAAUGAGAGCUUGGUGGCCAAAGGAUUCCCAAUGCCAAAGUCUCGUAAGACUGGCACCACCAUCGCCGGUGUGGUAUUCAAAGAUGGUGUCGUCCUGGGCGCAGAUACCCGUGCUACUGAGGGUGACAUUAUUGCAGACAAGAACUGCAGCAAGAUCCACUAUCUCCAGCCAAACAUGUAUUGCUGUGGAGCAGGCACUGCUGCAGAUCUCGAGAUGACCACUCAACUCAUGGCCAGUCAGCUGGAGCUUCACCGCCUAAAUACUGGCCGUCAAGUGCCCAUUGUUGCAGCUAACCGUAUGCUCAAGCAGAUGCUUUUUCGCUAUCAGGGUUACGUAGGUGCUGCACUGGUGCUGGGAGGUGUUGACAAACAUGAUUCCCACAUAUACUCGAUCCAUCCACACGGUUCCACUGAUCGCCUCCCAUAUACUACCAUGGGUUCAGGAUCCUUGGCUGCCAUGUCUGUUUUUGAAGCUCGUUGGAAGCCAAAUAUGGAGUUGGAUGAGGCAAAGCAACUGGUACGUGACGGGAUAGCUGGUGGUGUAUUCAACGAUCUGGGCUCUGGUUCCAACAUAGAUUUGUGUGUUAUCACAAAAGAUGGGGCAACAAUGCUCCGGCCUUAUGAUGUUGCCAAUGUGAAGGGUCAGAGGCAGGGGAAGUAUGAGUACAAGCGCGGGACAACAGAAAUCCUAACUACAACAGUUCGUCCUGUUCAGAUUGUAUCUGAGACAAUCAAAAAAGUUGCAGUGGAAGAAAUGGAUACUGCUUAAUUUUCAUGUUAUUUUAUGUUUAUACUAGUUUUAUAAUAUAUGUAAACUAGUAUGGUCUCACAGAUAAGUGUUGCCUGUGUUUACUUGAAGAUCAGUGGUGUACUGUAAGUGAGAUGAAAAAUAGGAUAAUUGGUUAACGUACAGUAUUUCAUUAGAGUAUUUAACAAACGGUUAAUAAACCACAAUAUACAGGCCACAGCGUGUAACAAAAGUCCGGAAUCAUAGAUUUAUUUUAUUAAAGGUUGAAAUUAUAGUCCAUGGAGUGUCAAGCAAUUAUAAACAACUGUUUUAUACUUUCAGUGACAGCAUGCAGUGUAUCCAUACUGAUUUUGUUACAUUCCACUUGAAUACGUUUUUUCAGUGCCUCAAUUUUUCGUGGACGGUCGGUGUACACAAUUGAUUUCGAAUGGCCCCCUAAGAAAAAAUCUAAAGGAAUCCGGUCUGGUGAUUUGGGGGGCCAUUCUACUGGUGCACAUUGACUUGUCUAUUUUCCUGGUAUCUUGGAAUCUAACCACCUACAGUAUGUUUUAUAAAAGGAAAGUGCGCAGGAGCCCCAUCCUGCUGAAACCAUAAACGUUGACGCAUUGCAAGUGGCAUAUCGUCUAAAUUAGGCUGCACGAUUACAUUCAACAUUGCAACAUAUGUUUUCCAGUUGCAGUAUGAUCUUGAUCCGUACAUGUGCGUGGAUGACUGCUCCUCUUCCUAUCUGCUAUACUUUCAGUUUCACAAAAUUGUUUCACGAGCUUUGACACCGUUCCUUGUUGAGGCAUGCUUGUUGUUGGAUGUCGCAGGUGAAAUUCUUCCAGAGUUCCUCUGGCUUAGGCCUCCUGUAUGUAAGAGGACCAAUUCAGCUCAUUCUUGUAAGGUGUAAUCAGUCAUCAUGGCCUAUAUCCUGAAAAAGAACAAAAAUACCAAAUUAGUUACGUAAGUAUAUGAUUCCAGACUUUAGUUACACCCUGUAUAUCAAGAACUAAAUUUGUCAAAAAAAUUUUAAUAAGAGGAUAUGUGAGACAAAGUUUGUAUGUUUCAUUGCUCUUUUUGGUGGUUAAGUAGGAUUUAGUCUUACUUGAAUAAAAAAUGCAAGAUAUUUGUAAAA